AUGGCAAAGGUGUUCAGUGAGCGCCUUUCCUUGGAGCGCAGAAUACGCACGGCCGUUUUGGCACUACUGCUUUGCGCACAGGCCGGCUUUGGCUUCUCAGUCGCCGGACAGCAGGAGAGCACCUGCGAAGCCAACGGCAGCAUAUACUACGUUGGGGAAUGGUACUUUCUGGACUCUGAUCACUGCACUCAGUGUGAGUGUACCGCUGAGGGCUCUGCGUGUGCCCGUACUGAGUGCACUUCUCUCCCGGCUGCAUGCAUCCAUGUCAGCCACUACCCCACCGACUGCUGCCCCCGGUGCGAGAAGAUCGGGUGUGAGUACCGCGGAGUGGUGUUCGAGCUGGGGCAAAACUUCCAGCCAUCAGAAUGUGAGCAGUGUACUUGUGACAGUGAUGGCAUCGCUCGCUGUCUAGUCGCAGAUUGUGCCCCUCCACCAUGUGUCAAUCCUGUCUACCAGCCUGGGAAAUGCUGCCCUGAAUGCAAGGAGGGACCAAACUGCUAUGCUGACGCAUCGCGCAGUCGGGUGAUUCCUGCAGGAGAGCCUGUGUGGGUCGACUCCUGCACCAAGUGUCGUUGUCAUGACGGUCAGGAUGCAGGCUACUGGGAGGGAAACCGUCUCGCCACCUGUUCCCGUCUCAAAAACUGUACGCCGGAGAAACCAUCCAUCCAGCAAAACUGA